CUCUCCGACGUGCCGCGAUGGGCAAGAAGGGCCGAAAGGAGAAGAAAGGCCGCGGGGCCGAGAAGACGGCCGCCAAGAUGGAGAAGAAGGUGUCCAAGCGCUCGCGGAAGGAGGAGGAAGACCUUGAAGCUCUCAUCGCCCAUUUCCAAACCCUCGAUGCGAAGAAGACUGAGAUUGUAGAAGUGCCCUGUCCCCCACCUUCUCCAAGGCUGAAUGCAUCCCUCUCCGCCCAUCCUGAGAAAGACGAGUUGAUCCUGUUCGGAGGUGAAUAUUUCAAUGGCAAAAAAACUUUUCUGUACAACGAGCUGUACACCUACAGCAUCAGGAAGGACGCGUGGACGAGAGUGGAGAUUCCUAACCCGCCUCCCCGGCGCUGUGCUCACCAGGCCGUAGUGGUCCCUCAGGGAGGGGGGCAGCUGUGGAUCUUUGGAGGGGAGUUUGCCUCGCCUGAUGGGGAGCAGUUCUACCACUACAAGGACCUCUGGGUGCUGCACUUGGCCUCCAAGACCUGGGAGCAAGUCAGAUCUGCAGGAGGCCCCUCAGGCCGGAGCGGACACCGCAUGGUGGCCUGGAAGAGACAGCUGAUCCUGUUCGGUGGCUUCCACGAGAGCACGAGGGACUACAUCUAUUACAACGACGUGUACGCCUUCCACCUGGACACCCUCACCUGGACCAAGCUGUCUCCCUCAGGGCUGGGGCCCUCACCAAGGUCCGGCUGCAUGAUGUCCGUCACCCCCCAGGGUGUCGCCAUCUAUGGGGGCUACUCUAAACAGAGAGUCAAGAAGGACGUGGACAAGGGCACCUUACACUCGGAUAUGUUCCUGCUCAAGGCUGAGGACAGCAAGGAAGACAAGUGGGCGUGGACACGCAGUCACCCGUCGGGAGUCAAACCCCCGCCCAGGUCUGGCUUCUCGGUCGCAAUGGCCCCGAACCAGCAGGUGCUGUUCUUCGGUGGGGUGUGUGACGAGGAGGAGGAGAGCCUGGAGGGGGACUUCUUCAACGACCUCUAUGUCUUCGACGGCGCCAAGAACCGCUGGUUCCCCGGGCAGCUCAAGGAGCCCAAGGCCGAGAAGCGGCGGCGGCGACGGGGCAGGAGGGCAGAGCCCCCAGAGGACAAGCAGCAAGCACCCGCAGAGCCCCCACCACAGGGGCCCCUGGAGGUCAUCCGAGAGGUGGUCUCUGAGGACGGGACCGUGGUCACCAUCAAGCAGGUGCUCCCGGCAUCAGGCGCGCCAGGCAGCCCGCCGUCAGAGGGUGAGGAUGACCCCGAGGAGCCUGCGGCCCCCAAGGUGGCGCCCAGUCCACGCUCCAACGCCAUGCUGGCCGUGAAGCAGGGACUGCUCUAUGUCUACGGGGGCAUGUUUGAGGCCGGAGACCGGCAGGUCACCCUCCACGACCUCUACUGCCUUGACCUGCACAGGAUGGAGGGCUGGAAGGCCCUGCUGGAGAUGGACCCCGACACCCAGGAGUGGCUGGAGGAGACCGACUCAGAGGGGGACACAGGAGACGGGGAGGAGGAGGACUCUGGCGAGGACAGCAGUACGGAGGAGGGUGCAGCAGAGGCGGCACUCCCCCACCAUGGAGCAGGCAGCGAGCUGCUCGGACUACCCAGCACAGGUGAAGCGUAACGGAGGCCAGGGCCACGGUGUUUUCCUGUGACUUGGUCCCAAAUGCUCCCCCAGACAGACGUCGGAGUGAGUGGCAUGGUGGCACCAGGAACAGCACUAGGAGUUUGGAACAUGAGCAGGACUGGCAGGUCUUGAAGA